AUGUGGACUGCAUUUACAGCGGCAGAAGGCGUUGCAUUCGGCGUGGCUGUUUCGAUGUCGGAAUGGUCUAAUAAAGAUGCCGAUUCAUUUGUUGAGGACCCGGGUAUUCGAGCAUUAGAGCUUGGUUACACAUUUGGGGUGGAAGGUUGUAUCCUUACGAUCAGUCGCCUGGCGCUGCCUGAUGAGGGCGGUGGCACUGAAGCUAUACUCUUCCAGCUAUUCGCGUAA